UAAUAAUAUUAGUGAAAAUGAAUAUAAAAAAGAAGCCAUAUUCCCCCAAUGCAUUAACUUCCCAAGUCUCAAAGGUUCAAGAGUUGUCUGUUCUAGUUCCGGUUUUUCAAGGAGAAGCUUGUUUUAGUUCCAACAACAAUAUGUGCUCCACGGGCUUCCAUCUGUGCUUAGCUAAAAUUCUCACAUAAUCAACAUUCAAUUCAACCUUUAAAUCACAGCCACAAAGUCAGUUUGUCAACACCCAUCAAAGGGACUCAAAGCCUCACAACUAACCUCUGGAGUUUGCAGAGUUUGCAGCAAGGAGACCAUGGAUGACAUGUUAUGUGAUGAGCUACUGCAAGAAAUAUUCAGAAAGCUGCCAUCAACCCCACCAUCUUCUUUAUCUGUUUCUUUAGUUUCCAAACGUUGGCUUAACCUUUAUAGAUGCUCAAAAGCAUCUCUUUCUCUCAAGUUUCUACCACACAAUUCUAUGAUUAUCUCCUUGUCUUCUCUUCUUUCUCACUACCCUUCUCUUUCUUUCCUUUCUCUUGUUCUGUCUGAUGCAGCCGAUUUCCCCUCUUCCAACAACAAUUCAAGCAUCACUGCCUUUUUCGACAACUUGCUUUUCGUUGUUUCUUCCUCUUGUUCUAACCUGCAUCACCUCAGGUUCUUAGCUGGCCCUGUUUCUUGUCUGUCUUUGUUUUCUCUAUCCAAAUCUUGUUCCCAACUUACUUCAAUUACUACCUCAUUAUCUAGACCUCUUUUUCUCAACUGGGUUGUUUCGUUUCCUUGCUUAAAGGAGUUAUGUUUACAUGUAUGCUCAACUGAUGAUGUUGAUGAUGGAGAUAAGCAAUUUGGGUUGUCUCUAAAUGAAGAAUUGGAUGUCAAAUUUGGGUUAGAAACUCUCCGUGUAUCAGGAAUUCAGGCAGAUGAUAAGGGUAUCAGUUGGCUAUGGAGGAACUGUCAAAGGCUUAAAAAAUUACAGCUGAGGAGCUGUGAGAGUGUUGGUCAUGGAGAGUCAUUUGCAUCAUUUAUCUGUUGUGUGGAAGGUCUUGAAGAAGUAGAGUUAAGGAAAUGUAGGAGUAUAAUCGAUAGAGUUCUAUUAAGAUUAGCUGAGAAUUGUGCUUCAUUGAUUUCUCUAUUGAUCUAUGAUGGAUGUAGUAGAGAGGGUUUGCUUGAAUUCAUAACAACUUGCAGGUGUAAUUUGCAGAAACUUGACCUUAGAUUGCCAUUAGACCUCAACAAUGAUCACCUCUUAGCCAUUGCUAUGAAUUUAAGAGGUCUCUCAACACUUAGGCUUCAAAGUUGCUGUCUGGUUACUGGUGAAGGUCUGCACGUUCUUGGGGUUGCCUUGAACCCCACACUCGAAGAAUUGGCUUUAAUAAACUGCGACGUUGUCGAUCGAGAAGUAGGGUUGCUAGCCACAUUAGGACAAAAUUUGGGGAUGUUAAGGAAACUGGACUUGUCUUAUAAUGAAAUGUUGGUUGAUAAGGAGUUGAUUUCAAUGCUAGUUUCUUGCAAUCAUCUGACAGAAUUGAAGUUGAGAGGUUGCAGGAAGCUAACAAGUAUGACCAUGGUUACCAUAUCUAAGACCUGCAAUGGCUUGCAAAGUAUUGAUAUUAUGAAUUGUCCUGGGAUUGGGGCUCAGGCAGUGGAGUUCUUUGUCUUGAAUUGCCCUCAGAUGAAACAAAUUGUGGUUGAGGAGAGCAAGGUUUCAGACAUGGCUAGGACAUGGGCUUGUCAUAAAUUUAUAGAGGUAACUUCUGGUUCAUGAACUGUGAUUGAAGAAUCAUCUUAUAUAUGCCAUUUAUUCAUGUUCUGUUGGAACCAACAACAUCUAAAUUUCUAUCUAAUUAUGAUGUUCUUGGAAAAGCUUGUUAUUGUAAUAAGAUAACUGCAAUGAACAAUUAGAAUUUUCUUCUAUUUGGGAA